UUCAAAUCUUCUGCUCAAAUAACCUUGCAAAAAGUUUCACCUUCUGCACGAUCCCAAUGCGAUGCACAUGAUUAUCCCAAAAACUUUUCCAAGUUCGAAAAUUUCAUGUAUUGGCUUUAUUCCAAGCUUUUUGCAGUUCUUAAAUACCUGCAAAGCAAAAGACCUCAUAUCCAUGAAACGAGGAUAUACUCGUGA